CACUCGUACGAUCCUAACCGGUUUACUGGCUGCUCACCCCAUACUGACUACGAAUUUCAAAAAAAAAUUGGCGAGGGUACAUUUGGCGAGGUUACUAUUGGACAACAUAAAGCUUCAAAAGCCAUUGUAGCACUCAAGAAAAUUUUAAUCCAUAAUGACAAAGAAGGAAUGCCCAUCACUGCACUUCGUGAAAUCAAAAUUUUAAAAUCCUUGUCACACGACAACGUUAUUACAUUGAGAGAGAUGGCAUACAAAGCAGGCGACAAAGGAAAACGAGGCCGUGGUACAAUGUUUAUGGUGUUCCCUUAUAUGGAUCAUGAUCUAACCGGUUUGUUGGAAAAUCCACAGGUGCGAUUUACUCCAUCACAAAUCAAGAGUUAUUUGCAUCAACUGCUACUUGGUGUUGAAUACAUGCAUAGAAACAAGAUUCUACAUCGUGAUAUGAAAGGAUCAAACAUUCUUGUGGAUAACUCUGGUCAUCUUAAGAUUGCUGAUUUUGGUCUUGCGCGAGCAUAUGUUGAAAAUGACACCAAGGGCUAUACUAAUAUGGUAGUCACACGUUGGUAUAGACCCCCAGAAUUGCUGAUGGGCGCGACAAGGUACAACGGGCAAAUUGACAUUUGGGGAGUUGGAUGUGUAUUUGGGGAAAUGCUUAAACGACGUCCUAUUUUAACUGGCGCGGACGACAUGGAUCAGCUGGAGCGGAUAUUCAUUCUUUGUGGCACUCCAAAUGAAACUACAUGGCCAGGAUACCGCAAACUUCCUAUAUUUGACCCAAACACUGGCACAAUUACUAGUUUUCGUAAUGAGCACAAACGCAGUAUUCACGAAAAAUUCCCCUCUAACCAUUUUGCCCCCAGCACUGUGAAUUUACUGGAUCAGUUUUUAAUGCUUGACCCCAACAAACGACCAACAGCAUCUAAAGCGCUUGAGCAUGAUUAUUUUUUUAUGCCUCCGAAAGCUGCUGUUCCUGGAACAUCUGAUUUCCAAUCUUGGCCAACUUCUCACGAGUUGGCUUCACGCUUAGCCAAGGAGGAGGCUGCUGCA